GUGCUGAGCUUUCGCUCUGUGCCUCCCCAGGGACUGCGCCUGUCUCUCGCUCCAGGCUUCUCCCAUGCCACAUGAGAGGGAGGGAGAGAGGAGAAAGCAGAAGGGUCCCUCCGCACCGCCAGCACCCAACUGCCUGGCUCACGCCUGCAGCAGGCAAACCAUGAGGAAGGGUCUCUUUGCCCCAACAGUCACUUCACCUUUGGUUUAAAAGCUUUGUCCACUUCCACAAGGGACAAUGGAGGAGCAGUAUAUUUCCAAACUCCACCCAGUAGUGGAUUACGGAGCUGGGGUCUUUCUUCUGAUCACAGCCAUUCUGACUAUCCUUGGAAAUUCAGCAGUCCUUCCUUCAGCUGUGAAAGAGCUACUCACAGUAAACUUGGCCGUAGCAGAUAUUGGAAUGGCAAUCAGCAUGUACCCACUGGCCAUUGCAUCUGCCUGGAACCAUGCUUGGCUGGGAGGAGAUGCAUCCUGCAUAUAUUAUGCCCUGAUGGGUUUCCUUUUUGGUGUCUGCAGCAUGAUGACGCUGUGUGUGAUGGCCGUGAUUCGGUUCCUUGUUACCAAUUCAUCCAAAUCUAACAGUAACAAAAUCACCAAGAACACUGUUUACAUCUUAAUUACUUUCAUCUGGCUCUACUCCUUGCUCUGGGCCAUUCUGCCCUUGAUAGGCUGGGGCUACUAUGGCCCUGAGCCAUUUGGGAUCUCUUGUACAAUAGCCUGGAGCAAAUUCCACAACUCCUCCAAUGGCUUUUCAUUCAUCCUGAGCAUGUUCCUCCUGUGCACAGUCCUUCCCACACUGACCAUUGUUGCCUGCUAUUUGGGAAUCGCCUGGAAGGUUCAUAAAGCAUAUCAAGAAAUUCAGAAUAUUGACAGGAUCCCUAAUGCAGCUAAACUGGAGAAGAAGCUGACUUUGAUGGCUGUGCUCAUCUCAGUUGGAUUCCUGAGCUCCUGGACACCGUAUGCAGCUGCCAGCUUCUGGUCCAUAUUUAACUCCAGUGAUUCCCUACAGCCCAUCGUUACACUGCUGCCUUGUCUCUUUGCCAAAUCUUCAACAGCGUAUAAUCCUUUCAUUUACUACAUCUUCAGCAAAACUUUCCGCCGUGAAAUUAAACAAUUGCGGUGUUGCUGUGGCUGGCAAGUUCAUUUCUUCAGCACUGACAACUCUGCUGAAAACCCUGUGUCAAUGACGUGGAGUGGGAGAGACAAUAUACGUCUCUCUUCAGCUGCAAAGGUGGAAAACCAGGGAGCCCCAACUCGCUGAAAUGCAGUCAAGAUUUCAGAACACAGGUCCAAAUUUGGAGUUGCUCAUGAGUCUGAAUGAGUAGGAAUGCAGCACAUGGGGUCAUCACUGUGUAUCUUAUG